AUGCUCGAUUCUGAAGAUUUGUCGCGACGAAAGAGAGCGAAGUAUACUCAGAUUGCCUGCAACGAAUGCAAACGACGCAAGUUGAAAUGUAGCGGCGGCUCUGUCUGCGCACGAUGUUCUCGCGAUCAGAUUCCGUGUGUCUAUGCAACAGUUCGCUCGAAUGGAUCGGUUCAAAAUGAGCUCAAAGAUGACCAUUCGAGAUUCCAAGUUGUGGACCGACAAUUAGAGACGUUGCGCGAGGAGAUGCGCACACUGUCUGCCCGCAUUCAUGAACUAGAAUCUCACAGUCCUGCUUCCUUGAAGCCGUCGAGAGCCCCGGCCAGAGGUGGUCUUCAUCGCAUUUUGAAUGCACCCAAGUCGCCAACCUAUGUCGGUCCCACAAGUGCAGAAUUUGGUCUGAAUCGUCCUCGAUCGUCUUCAAAUGCAGAUGAGGGCCAUGAAGACCAUGAAUGCCAUGACGGAUUGGACCUGUCAACGGUUGCUCCAAGUCCUGCACCCUCCAAUGGGGGCGAGAAUGUCACCAUUGGGGAUCCUCUGACAAGUCUAGGGCCUGAUGAAACUCUGCGGUUGGUGCAGGUAUACGAAGACACGGUCGGUGUCAUGUAUCCCUGUGUCGACUUGGAGAGCGUGCGGGCUUAUGUGUUGGAAUACUAUCGUUUUAAUUCAACCAUUGGGCCGUCCGAGUCGAUGAUCCACGUCGCCCAGGAUGAUUGGUUCUCUGCAAGAGAUGCACAAGUUCUAAAGAUAUUGCUAGCCACUGCGUUACUAGCAGAAUCACACGGUCGCAGUGAGCGUGCUGCCCAACUAGCCGACAGUGUCGAGGACCGUUUCGCAAGCAGGCUCAAAGUCGCUGAAGUGGACAUGAAGGAAAUUCUUAUUCUGACCCUGCUUUCCAUCUUUCAUUCUUAUCGAGACGAUGAAGUCAUUGCGUGGCGGUUAAUCGGGAUGGCAGUUCGAGGUAGUACAGAACUAGGCCUGCACCGUCAAGACACCUGGCAAAAGACAGGCGGUGUUUUCCCCGGGGAAUUGGAGUUGACAUGGGCGAGUCGACUGUUCUGGUGCAUCUAUGUAUUGGAUCGUAAGUGGUCCUUUGGCACAGGUCUCCCCUUUGCGAUUCAAGAUGCAGAUCUUGAUGUCAACCUGCCUGAGCCGGGCCACUCCACUCCAUAUUUGACAUGCAUGAUCUCCUACGCUCGUCUGAGCACAAAGAUCUGGGGACUGGUUGUGGGCUGGUCUAAUCGCUCACAGGCCGCUACUCUAGACAGUGCCGCCUAUUUGGAUGCUCAAGUGCAACAGUGGGUUCGUUCGAUUCCACGCGAACUGCGAUUUGAUCCAAACUGGCGCUCUCCGGAAGGCUCAGAGCAUACAGACCGCGCCAUGAUGCUUCAAGUUCUUCUUGCUUUACAGGCCAAUCAGCUUCGAAUUUUUGUGUACCGUCAAAAUCUCCUCAGCGGUGAACGGAUUGCGGACAAUUUGGUGGGCGCAUCAAGCGCCGUGGAAACAGCUAAAAGCACUGUGCACAUGCUGGAUUAUUUCAGUCGGGUUUCAAGUAUCUAUUUCCAACGUCCGGAGCCAUUCAACUACUUUCUCUUAUCCGCCCUUGCGGCCCUCUUCCUGGCCGUCUUACAUGCCCCGUCGCGUUUCAGCCACACCUGCCGACCCGAAUUCUAUACGGCUGUAGAUAUGGUCCGACGCUCAGCAACACGGGCUCGAACCUCACGAAGAUUGCAAAAGAUCAUACACAGUCUGAAGCGUAUUCAGUUGAAUCUUCGGCUGGACGAUGUUGGUCGCCAAUCUGUUCGUCGCGUCGAGAGGCGAGACUCAAAGGACGAUGCUUCGGAUGUUUAUUCCCAAUCCACCUCCCAAACAAGCUUGCCUCUAUCUCAUGCUAUCUGGAAUACCACCCCUCGGUCUGGCACAGCACAUUCGCCUGUACAGUAUACUCCUAGCCUCAAACAAACCUCCGGAAUCCCUACUCCUCAGCCGUCAUCGACCACCCUCUGGACAACCUCACCCGGUAUUGUAACUGAAGCCGAAACAAAUGGCUGCGAAGACCUUAGCAGCUUCUUUGAGAUCGCAGGUGGAUUUUACUUUGACCCACACACUGAUCCAGACGCUCUCGUGGAUAUGGGCUUGACUCAUUCGAGUGAUCCACGCUUGCCUAAUGCGACCGAUGCUUUUCAUGCCGAAGAUGAGGCCUUGACUCGAGUAAUGGCAGGUCUACUGUGA